GAGACAGUGUGGAGUAGUGUGGUGCUUCUGAGUGUCCAGCAUGGCGUACCGGGGCCAGGGCCAGAAGGUGCAGAAGGUGAUGGUGCAGCCCAUCAAUCUCAUCUUCAGAUACUUGCAAAAUAGAUCACGGAUUCAGAUGUGGCUUUAUGAGCAAGUGACUAUGCGGAUAGAAGGCUGUAUCAUUGGUUUUGAUGAGUAUAUGAACCUUGUAUUAGAUGAUGCAGAAGAGAUUCAUUCUAAAACAAAGUCAAGAAAACAACUGGGUCGGAUCAUGCUAAAAGGAGAUAACAUCAUUCUGCUCCAAAGUGUCUCCAACUAG